CGACUUAUUUUUUGAAACUGCUGUUAAAUUGGUAGUGGAACUUGGCCCCAAUUUCUGUUAAGUUACUCUUGGGUUGGUUGGUUGAUUGGUAGGUUUUGGUUUUGGUUUUUGGUUUUUUGCAUCAGCAGGGUAGAUUUCUACCAUACUUUCUCCUGAAGAAAUUUGUUAAUCAUAUUUAGAGAAAUUUCUUCACAUUUUCAUUAUUGAUAACACAUGUACCUGUUUCGCCUCGUGGCUCUUACGGAAUUGACUUUAUAAUGUCAGAGUCUACAAUGAAGGGAAAACCUUGCCAAAUCUAAUUUUUUUUUUUUUUUUUUUACAGAAUUUAGGGAGGAGGUGUUUUGUUUUUUUCUUUUAGGUGGAUGAUGAUCUUUUUGAGCAAAUAGAAUACCAGUUGCCCUUUUAUUUUUCCAUUUGCUGAGGAAAUUUGAUGGACUCAGGUUGAAAAAAGCAACCUGUUUGUUGCUUUUCAUCUUCUCUCAGGUUCCUGUUACUGCCAGACUGACCUGCACUUUUCCUUUAUUUAAACCAGUUUAGGUUCACUUCAGCUCACCCCUUCCUAGCACUUCCUCAAACCCUGCCAUCCCAGGAUCUUUCCCAUUUAUUUCUUGGUUAUCUAAAUAGGCUCCAUUUUGGGAUUAUAGCGUUAGAUUUGUUGACAUGUGUUGCGUUUGUUUCCUGACUGGAUUAUAGGUUUCCCCAAGUCCAGGAUUAUCUUGUAUCAGCUGUGUUUUGCAUGAAGGUGCACUCAUAAGCCUCACUGAAAAUAACACCCAUUUUCCUUCCCACUCCAAACCAAUAAUGUUAACCUAGUCUUGCUGACUAUGCAGCCAAUCUUCCUGCUUGGAAAGUUUCUUGGUCUCAACAGAUUCCUCAGGAUGCUAUUUGCUUUGGUGAUCCCAGCCUCUUCAUAUCUUCCUGACUGCUGGAAAGGGCUUAACAGUAAGAAAGAAUCUGAUGAAUAUUAUACAAUAAGUAUAAUCUGUCAAUUGUAAUGUAAUCUUGGUGCUUGUAGUUCUUAACAUUUGACAUGAGCUUUACAUUUGUGUAUUUUCUUUCGUUGCCUCUGUAUAGUUCAAACAGCUGUGUCACAGAUUUCUUGAAGGCACAAACUCCUAGCAAUUGUUCUUUAUAAUCUCUGCCUGGUUUGCUGGGUUACUCUGACACAUAGUGGGUGCUUGCUGCUACUUAACAGUAAAUAGUGAAUGGUAGUGUCUAGAAAGGGUAUGUCCCUUCAAGAGAGAGGUGCCAAUGUCCAACCGGCCUAAUAACAAUCCAGGGGGGUCACUGCGACGUUCACAGAGGAACACUGCCGGGGCCCAACCACAAGACGACUCGAUAGGAGGAAGGUCACAUUUAGGGCAGGCAAAACAUAAGGGAUAUAGCCCUCCUGAGAGUAGAAAAUCUAAUUCUAAGGCACCCAAAGUGCAGUCUAAUACUACUUCUGAACUGUCAAGGGGACACCUUUCUAAAAGAAGCUGCAGUUCAUCAUCUGCUGUCAUAGUUCCACAACCAGAGGAUCCAGACAGAGCCAAUCCUUCAGAAAGGCAAAAAACGGGGCAGGUGCCUAAGAAAGACAAUUCUCGAGGAGUGAAACGCAGUGCUAGUCCAGACUACAACAGGACCAACUCUCCCAGCUCUGCCAAAAAACCGAAAGCACUUCAGCGUACUGAAUCCCCCUCAGAAACGAAUAAGCCACAUAGUAAGUCAAAGAAGAGACAUUUAGACCAGGAGCAACAACUGAAAUCUGCACACUCGCCAUCGACAAGUAAGGCUCACACCAGAAAGAGUGGGCCCGCUGGCAGUUCACGGAGUCAGAAAAGAAAGAGGACAGAGAGUUCUUGUAUAAAGAGUGGUUCUGUGUGUGAGUCCACUGGUGCCGAAGAGCGAUCUGCAAAACCCACCAAGCUGGCUUCAAAAUCCGCCGCCUCGGCCAAGGCUGGGUGCAGCUCCAUCACUGAUUCUUCCUCUGCCGCCUCUACUUCCUCCUCCUCUUCCGCUGUUGCCUCGGCCUCCUCCGCCGUGCCACCAGGGGCCAGGGUGAAACAAGGAAAAGACCAGAACAAGGCCAGGCGUUCCCGUUCGGCAUCCAGUCCCAGUCCCAGAAGAAGUAGCAGGGAAAAGGAACAGAGUAAAACUGGUGGCUCUUCAAAAUUCGAUUGGGCUGCUCGUUUCAGCCCUAAAGUUAGCCUUCCUAAAACCAAACUGUCUCUUCCAGGGUCUUCUAAGUCAGAGACAUCAAAACCUGGCCCUUCUGGAUUACAGGCCAAAUUGGCAAGUUUAAGAAAAUCUACCAAGAAGCGCAGUGAAUCCCCACCUGCUGAGCUCCCCAGUUUGAGGCGGAGCACACGCCAAAAGACCACGGGCUCCUGUGCUAGUGCCAGUCGGCGGGGCUCUGGCCUGGGCAAACGAGGAGCAGCUGAAGCUCGUCGACAGGAGAAAAUGGCGGACCCUGAAAGCAACCAGGAGACAGUAAAUUCUUCAGCUGCUCGGACAGACGAAACGCCCCAGGGAGCCGCAGCUUCUAGUUCUGUUGCAGGGGCUGUGGGCAUGACCACCUCUGGGGAGAGUGAAUCCGAUGAUUCCGAGAUGGGACGAUUACAAGCUUUGUUAGAGGCCAGGGGUCUUCCCCCUCAUCUGUUUGGCCCUCUUGGUCCUCGGAUGUCACAGCUUUUCCAUAGAACAAUUGGAAGCGGAGCUAGCUCUAAGGCCCAGCAGCUUCUGCAAGGACUGCAGGCGAGUGAUGAAAGCCAGCAACUCCAGGCGGUUAUCGAAAUGUGUCAGUUAUUGGUCAUGGGAAAUGAAGAGACGCUGGGAGGGUUUCCCGUCAAGAGUGUCGUUCCUGCUUUGAUAACAUUACUGCAGAUGGAACAUAAUUUCGAUAUUAUGAACCAUGCUUGUCGAGCCUUAACAUACAUGAUGGAAGCACUUCCUCGAUCAUCUGCUGUUGUCGUAGAUGCAAUUCCCGUCUUCUUAGAAAAGCUGCAGGUUAUUCAGUGUAUUGAUGUGGCAGAGCAGGCCUUGACCGCCUUGGAGAUGUUAUCACGCAGACACAGUAAAGCCAUUCUACAGGCGGGUGGUUUGGCAGACUGCUUGCUGUAUCUAGAGUUCUUCAGCAUAAACGCCCAAAGAAAUGCACUAGCGAUCGCCGCCAAUUGCUGCCAGAGUAUCACGCCGGAUGAAUUUCAUUUUGUGGCAGAUUCCCUCCCGUUGCUCACCCAAAGGCUAACCCAUCAGGACAAAAAGUCGGUUGAAAGCACUUGCCUUUGUUUUGCACGUCUAGUGGACAACUUCCAACAUGAGGAGAAUUUACUCCAGCAGGUUGCCUCCAAAGAUCUGCUUACGAAUGUUCAACAGCUACUGGUAGUGACCCCACCAAUUUUAAGUUCUGGGAUGUUUAUAAUGGUGGUUCGCAUGUUUUCUCUGAUGUGUUCCAACUGUCCGACUUUAGCUGUUCAACUUAUGAAGCAAAAUAUUGCAGAAACACUUCACUUCCUCCUGUGCGGUGCCUCUAAUGGAAGUUGUCAGGAGCAGAUUGAUCUUGUUCCACGAAGCCCUCAAGAACUGUACGAGCUGACGUCUCUGAUUUGCGAACUUAUGCCAUGUUUACCAAAAGAAGGCAUUUUUGCAGUUGAUACCAUGCUGAAGAAGGGAAACGCGCAGAACACGGAUGGUGCGAUAUGGCAGUGGCGUGACGACCGUGGCCUUUGGCAUCCCUAUAACCGGAUUGACAGCCGGAUCAUUGAGGUAGCAGCCCAUCAGGUCGGUGAGGAUGAGAUAAGCUUGUCCACUCUGGGACGAGUUUAUACUAUUGAUUUUAAUUCUAUGCAGCAAAUCAAUGAGGACACGGGAACAGCACGUGCCAUUCAGAGAAAACCUAACCCCUUAGCCAAUACUAACACUAGCGGAUAUUCCGAGUUAAAGAAGGAUGAUGCUCGAGCACAGCUUAUGAAAGAGGAUCCGGAACUGGCUAAGGCUUUCAUUAAGACGUUAUUCGGUGUCCUUUAUGAAGUGUAUAGUUCCUCGGCAGGACCUGCGGUCAGACAUAAGUGCCUUAGAGCAAUUCUUAGGAUAAUUUAUUUUGCGGAUGCUGAACUUCUGAAGGAUGUCCUGAAAAAUCAUGCUGUUUCAAGUCACAUUGCUUCCAUGCUGUCAAGCCAAGACCUGAAGAUAGUAGUCGGAGCGCUUCAGAUGGCAGAGAUCUUAAUGCAGAAGUUACCUGAUAUUUUUAGUGUUUACUUCAGAAGAGAAGGUGUAAUGCAUCAAGUAAAACACUUAGCAGAAUCAGAGUCUUUGUUGACAAGUCCACCAAAGGCAUGUACGAAUGGGUCAGGAUCCUUGGGGUCCACGACGUCAGUCAGCAGUGGAACAGCCACGGCUGCCACUAAUGCUGCGGCUGACGUGGGAUCCCCCAGCUUGCAGCACAGCAGAGAUGAUUCUUUAGAUCUGAGCCCUCAAGGUCGAUUAAGCGAUGUUCUAAAGAGAAAGCGACUGCCAAAACGAGGGCCAAGAAGGCCAAAGUAUUCACCUCCAAGAGAUGAUGACAAAGUAGACAAUCAAGCUAAAAGCCCCACCACUACUCAGUCACCUAAAUCUUCUUUCCUGGCAAGCUUGAAUCCAAAAACGUGGGGAAGGUUAAGCGCACAGUCCAACAGCAACAACAUUGAACCAGCACGAACCGCGGGAGUCAGUGGUCUUGCCAGGGCUGCCUCAAAGGACACCAUCUCCAAUAAUAGAGAAAAAAUUAAAGGUUGGAUUAAGGAACAAGCGCAUAAGUUUGUAGAACGUUACUUCAGUUCUGAGAACAUGGAUGGAAGCAACCCUGCACUGAAUGUCCUCCAGAGACUUUGUGCUGCGACCGAACAACUCAACCUCCAGGUGGAUGGUGGAGCUGAGUGCCUUGUAGAAAUCCGUAGCAUAGUCUCAGAGUCAGACGUUUCAUCAUUUGAAAUCCAGCAUAGUGGAUUCGUGAAGCAGCUGUUGCUUUACUUGACAUCUAAAAGUGAAAAGGAUGCUGUGAGCAGAGAGAUCAGAUUAAAGAGAUUCCUUCAUGUAUUCUUUUCUUCACCACUUCCUGGAGAAGAGCCCAUUGGAAGAGUAGAACCAGUGGGUAAUGCACCUUUGUUGGCAUUAGUUCACAAGAUGAACAACUGCCUCAGCCAGAUGGAACAGUUUCCAGUCAAAGUACAUGACUUCCCCAGUGGGAAUGGGACAGGAGGCAGCUUUUCUCUCAACAGAGGAUCACAGGCUUUAAAAUUUUUCAACACCCAUCAGUUAAAAUGCCAGUUACAAAGACAUCCAGACUGUGCAAAUGUGAAACAGUGGAAGGGUGGGCCUGUCAAGAUUGAUCCCCUGGCUUUGGUACAAGCUAUCGAGAGAUACCUUGUGGUCAGAGGGUAUGGAAGAGUAAGAGAAGAUGAUGAAGACAGUGAUGAUGAUGGCUCUGAUGAGGAAAUAGACGAGUCUCUGGCUGCUCAGUUCUUAAAUUCAGGAAAUGUGAGACACCGGCUACAGUUUUACAUUGGAGAACACUUGCUCCCGUAUAACAUGACUGUGUAUCAGGCAGUCCGACAGUUCAGUAUACAGGCUGAAGAUGAAAGGGAGUCCACAGACGAUGAGAGCAAUCCUCUGGGAAGAGCUGGUAUUUGGACAAAGACUCAUACAAUAUGGUACAAACCCGUGCGAGAGGAUGAAGAAAGUAAUAAAGAUUGUGUUGGUGGUAAAAGAGGAAGAGCCCAAACAGCUCCAACAAAAACAUCCCCCAGAAAUGCAAAAAAGCAUGAUGAGUUAUGGCACGAUGGAGUGUGCCCAUCGGUAUCAAAUCCUUUAGAAGUUUACCUCAUAUCCACGCCACCUGAAAAUAUAACUUUUGAAGACCCGUCGUUAGAUGUGAUUCUUCUUUUAAGAGUUCUACAUGCCAUCAGUCGAUACUGGUAUUACUUGUAUGAUAAUGCAAUGUGCAAGGAGAUUAUUCCAACUAGUGAAUUUAUUAACAGUAAGUUGACAGCAAAAGCAAACAGGCAGCUUCAAGAUCCUCUAGUGAUCAUGACCGGAAACAUCCCAACAUGGCUGACUGAACUGGGAAAAACCUGCCCAUUUUUCUUCCCUUUUGAUACCCGGCAAAUGCUUUUUUACGUGACUGCGUUUGAUCGGGACCGAGCGAUGCAGAGAUUACUUGACACCAACCCAGAAAUCAACCAGUCUGAUUCUCAAGAUAGCAGAGUUGCACCUAGAUUGGAUAGAAAAAAACGUACUUUGAACCGGGAGGGGCGGCUGAAACAAGCCGGGUCUGUGAUGCGGGCUGGGGCGGGCUCGCGGCCCAGGUUAGAAAUCCAGUAUGAGAAUGAGGUUGGUACCGGUCUUGGGCCUACACUGGAGUUUUAUGCACUUGUAUCUCAGGAACUACAGAGAGCCGACUUGGGUCUCUGGAGAGGUGAAGAAGUGACUCUCAGCAAUCCAAAAGGAAGCCAAGAAGGGACCAAGUACAUUCAAAACCUCCAGGGCCUGUUUGCGCUUCCCUUUGGUAGGACGGCUAAGCCCGCUCAUAUCGCAAAGGUUAAGAUGAAGUUUCGCUUCUUAGGCAAAUUAAUGGCCAAGGCGAUCAUGGAUUUCAGAUUGGUGGACCUUCCCCUUGGCUUACCCUUUUAUAAGUGGAUGCUACGGCAAGAAACUUCACUGACAUCGCAUGAUUUGUUUGACAUUGACCCGGUUGUAGCCAGAUCCGUGUAUCACCUAGAAGACAUUGUCAGACAGAAGAAAAGACUUGAACAAGAUAAAUCCCAGACCAAAGAGAGUCUACAAUAUGCAUUAGAAACCCUGACUAUGAACGGCUGCUCAGUUGAAGAUCUAGGAUUGGAUUUCACUUUGCCAGGAUUUCCCAACAUCGAACUGAAGAAAGGAGGAAAGGAUAUACCGGUCACUAUCCACAAUUUAGAAGAAUAUUUAAGACUGGUUAUAUUCUGGGCACUCAAUGAAGGCGUUUCUAGGCAAUUCGAUUCCUUCAGAGAUGGAUUUGAAUCUGUCUUCCCACUCAGUCAUCUCCAGUACUUCUACCCGGAAGAACUGGACCAGCUCCUGUGCGGCAGUAAAGCAGACACUUGGGAUGCAAAGACACUGAUGGAGUGCUGCAGGCCGGACCACGGUUACACUCACGACAGUCGCGCCGUGAAGUUCCUGUUCGAGAUUCUCAGUAGUUUUGAUAACGAGCAGCAGAGGUUAUUUCUCCAGUUUGUGACCGGUAGCCCGAGACUGCCUGUUGGAGGCUUCCGGAGUUUGAAUCCACCUUUGACAAUUGUCCGGAAGACAUUCGAAUCGACAGAAAACCCGGAUGACUUCCUGCCCUCCGUAAUGACUUGUGUGAACUAUCUUAAGUUGCCGGACUACUCGAGCAUUGAGAUCAUGCGUGAGAAACUGUUGAUCGCGGCCAGAGAAGGACAGCAGUCGUUCCAUCUUUCCUGAUCACAGCGAGAAAUGCGGUGUCUGCCUGUUACAGCAAAAGAAAAAAAAAAUCAUGAUUUCUUUUCUAAAUGUAUCACCUGAGUCAAGGAAACAUGUUACGCCUUCUUGUUGUAGGAAAAAUGGCUUGCAGAUUAUACAAGAGACACUUGGUUGAUAUUCAUUAAUGGCCCCAUGGACUUAAAGUGAUCAGGCCCUAAAACGUUGUUGUGAUGAGGUUUCUUUAGCAAGUUCUUGUUUAAAUUAUCAUUUAUUUGAUGAGUGAAGUUUUUAACUUGCUUUGCUGUGUGAAAUUUAAAAAAAAAAGGGAUGUUUUUCAGGCUGAAACAAUAAAUGUCGCUGUGCAGUUUAA